AAGCAUAGGUUCUUGUCUGAUUGGGAAACUGGAUGUAGCAGCAUAUGCCCAGUUGCAGAGCUUUCUCCUACAAGGAGGUAUGAAGAUCUAGGGGUGGUUCCAGACUGGAAAAUUAACACUUGCUACACUCCUAAAAAUCUGAAAGUUGCAAUGGAUGGUUGGGGGAAGACAAGAGGGCAGCAGUCAGAUCCAUGGGGCACUAUGGGGUUCUUGAGAUUGAUACUUUUCCAAAGAAACAUAAAGAGCAGGCAAUGCAGCUGCUGAUGAGUGUGAUCCCUGAGCAGUCAUGUUUAUCAUUGGACACUGUCGGUCUGAGAACUGUUGAUUUGAAUGCAGAUGUGUGGUGUAGGAUACUUGGAACCAGGAAAGGUGGUUCGAAUGAAAUACAAGUGUGCUCAGGGCCUGCUGAAGUAGAUGAUAUAAAGUCAGUAAGGAGGCUUCUGAAACUUCCCGAAACAUCUGUGCCAAUAAAAGUGGAUGAACUUCUAAAGAUUUUGGUUAAGGAGCAUAAAUCAACAAUGGAACCGACAGAUAAAAUCAGGUUUCAGAGGGCGUUUGCAAUGCUUUACGUGACAUCAUUUGUAGGUCCUAGGGAACACCUAAAUCAAGUUACUCAUUCUGCUUGCCAAUUGGUGUUGGAGCAUGAAGAUUUGACAGAUUUGAACUGGGGCAAGUACACUGUUGAUGAAAUACUUGUUGGUGCGACAGAAGCCAGGGCAAGACAACACAUGAAAACAGCGUGGGUAUAUGGUUGCCCAUUAGUACUAAUGGUACUAUUCUUCGACUCGGUUGACGUAGGUUUCAUAAAGCUUGAUGAACGAGCGGAGCCAAGGAUCAAAUACUACAAUGCUAGCUUGCUGGAAGCACUUGUGAAUUAUAAUAGUUCAAAGGUGGAUGGGUUAACAACAUAUGGAAUGCUGAAGCCUAAGAAAAUCGUGCCGGACUUGGAUUACGAAGAAGGAGAGGCGGAUAUUCUGGAAAUGGCAACAAGUGUAAGUAAUUAA